UUCCCUGAUAACUCCAAGAUUGAGACAUUCUCACAAACGCAACGGCAAAUCAUCGUCAACCAGAAUCCCAACCCCCUAUCAGCCAACCAUAUUGUGGGAACUACAGGCCAGCCUUUUGUUCAGUUGUCACCAAAUUCCAUGACCAUCCAGACCAACAGGGCAACGGAUCUCGUAGGCGCUCAGAUCGAGAUGCCCAUUGACCCCAACGUCCUGGCCCAGAAUGGUGUUACUGCAGACAACACGUUCGUGGCCAUGCUCUCUGACGAUAGGCAAGCCUGGAUAGUCUUGGAUGAAAUGAAAAGUGUCAACACGACGGAUUCCACUGUCCGCAUGAUCAAAUUGAACAAUAUUGACGGCGAGUUUAUGGCCGUGGGCCGACAGACGGUCGAAACAGGCAAUGUUCUUGCCCCUUUCGGCCAGGGACAGACGGUCGCUAUUUCUGGGUCAGGCAUCCAGGAGAUCGAGUACACGGAUGGUUUCCGCAUGUCAAUCCGAGCAAGCCAGCCAAUGAGCGUCGCCACCGAUGUGGUAAAUGGUGUCAGUACGUCAAUGCUCAUGAAUGGCGUUCAACCCAUCAACAAUUACCGAUACCUCGUGACUACCAGUCUCGCAGGUGUCGUGUCGGAUCUUAACUCAAUGGUUGCCGUUGUCCAGGUCCCAUUGAACGCACAGCGUAUUAUGGACAUGGCUGUCCGCAUGGGAGUUCAGCCAAAUGGCGCCAUCACGCUUGGCGUGGCCCAACGAGGCGUCAUCUCCAACCCUGGCGGUGCUACGGCGCUCUCACCACCUCAGAAGAGAGCGUCAAUGUCAUCUGACCCUAAUAACCCUCCGGCCGCAGACCCGAAUAACCCUCCGGCCGCAGACCAGAAUAAUCCUCCGGCUGCAGACCCGAAUAAUCCUCCGGCCGUAGCUCCAAAUAAUCCUCCGGCCGCAACCCCAGCAAGUCCCCAAGCCGCAUCACCAGUAGCCACGCAACUCCUCUUGGCCCCAACCUUUACUCCUUUGGUAAGCAGGCCCCUUCUGGACACCCAAAACAACCGCAUCGUCGUACCCGUCUCCCAGAUCGAC